AUUGCCAUUAAAAAGAUUAAUUUAGUAGAGAUUUGAUGUUUAUGUACGUACGCUUGAUCAAGUAGCCAUUGAUUUGAAACUGAAAUUGAAAGUAAGGAUGAACUGCACGAGAAGAAUUGGACUUCGUUAUUACUCUACUGCUUCACCUUCGACUUCCCAUUUCAAUCAAAGAAUUACAUCCCUCAAAAAUGCUUCAGGACCCACCAAGGUGAAUGACGCCCUCCAACUGUUUGAUGAAAUGCUUCUAAGACAACCUCCACCUUCCAUCUUCCAAUUUACUCAGUUGAUUUCUGUUAUUGUAAAGAAGAAGCAAUACUCCACUGCCCUUAUACUCUUGGAUCAAAUGAAGCUGAUGGGUAUUCCUUCUAAUAUCUAUACUAUCAACAUCUCUAUUAACUGUCAUUGCAGGUUGAAUCAAGUUGCUUACGGUUUUGCCCUACUGGCAACCAUCUUCAAGCAAGGGCAUCCACCCAAUUUGGCCACCUAUACUACUCUCAUUCAUGGACUUGUUCUUGCUGAUAGGGUCUUUGAAGCUGUUGAGUUGUUCAAGAAACUGCUUAGAGAGAAAGUUUGUGAGCCUAAUCAAGUUAUGUAUGGAACCGUUAUUAAUGGGCUCUGUAAAGUAGGUCACACUAGCAAGGCCCUUGAACUGCUCAGGUUCAUGGAAUCAGGCUCUUGUAAACCAGGUGUAGAACAAUACAGUGUUGUCAUUGACAGCCUUUGCAAAGACAAAAUGGUUGAUCAUGCACUAGAGCUGUUUGCCAAGAUGACUGAAAAGGGUGUCCUUGCAGAUGUUAUCACUUACAGCUCUUUGAUUCAUGGACUGUGUAACUUUGGUCGAGAGACAGAAGCUGCAAAAAUGUUGAGGGAUAUGGAGGAGGAAGGAGUAUCUCCCUCAGUGGAUACAUUUAAUAUCUUGGUAAAUGCCUUUUGCAAGCAAGGAUCUGUAAAAGAUGCAGAGCUUGCUGUACAAGCAAUGGUACGAAGAGGUCUAAAUCCAGAUGUAAUCACUUAUAGUGCAUUGAUUGAUGGAUAUUGUUUACGUGGUGAAAUAGAUGACGCAGAGAAAGUUCUUGAUGGCAUGGUGAAGAGGGAUAUUGUACCUAACAUCAUCACAUACAACAGCCUGAUAAAUGGAUAUUGUAAGAAGAAGCAAAUUGAUAAGGCCAGGCAUCUCUUUCAAUAUAUCCAAGACAAGGGUUUGAUUCCUGAUGUUGUUACUUACAGUAGCAUGUUACAAGGUUUGUAUGGUUCAGGGAAUCCUGCAGCGGCUAGAGAACUCUUUAACGAGAUGCAAGCAAAGGGUCUGGCUCCCAAUAUAUGCACCUAUCGUAUCUUGUUGCACGGAAUGUGCAAAAACUCCCAGUCUCCUGAUGCCUUGGCUCUCUUUCGAUCACUGGAAAGCAAAGAAUUGAUGGAAGAUGUAGGGUUGUAUAAUAUAUUGAUUGACGGUUGUAGCAAAUGUGGGAAGCCUAACGAGGCUAUGGAUCUGUUUGAUGAACUCUGUUUAAAAGGAUUAAAACCGAAUGUUAGGACAUAUACAGUAAUGAUAAGUGUGUAUUGCGAAGAAGGGUUAUUGGGUAAAUGUAAAGAAUUGCUUAGAAAGAUGGAAGAGAAUGGUUGUUUGCCAAAUAGCGUGACGUACAAUGUUCUUGUUCAAGAGUUGUUGAAGAAAAACGAGUGUCGGGAGGCAGAGAUUUAUCUUGAAGAAAUGAUAAACCGAGGUUUUAUGCCUAAUCAUGCUACUUUUGAGAAUUUACUACCCUGGAUCCCAAACGUAGGAAAAGAUUCUCGUUUGCGAACUAUCAUUCUAAAACUAACUUAAUAUCGUUAGAAGAAACAAACAUAUUCGUAUCUUGGUGAUUGCAAUAUAUAAUGUGCAUUUGUAUCACCCCAUCAGAUGUGUCUUUAAGAUCUACACU